GAAAUUUUCAUAUCAUCAUCAGUGUCUUCUCCUUCACUCAUUCUCCUCUCUCCACCAUAGCAAAAGAUAUCAGAAAUUCAGAAACAAUGGAACUCCCUUUGCAAAAUGGCCUCGCCAAGUUCAUCAGCACCAAAAUUUCUUCUGAGUUGCCACUCUCUAAUGGGACAAUUCCUCCAACUAACCCUCUCUUUGAAGCUGUGCAUUCAGCAAACAUGGAUCCUUCAAGAGCUUUUCUCGGCAAGGUCAAGCGUCUCAUUGUAAAGGUUGGAACAGCUGUUGUUACUCGAAGUGAUGGGAGAUUAGCACUUGGCAGACUUGGAGCUCUCUGUGAGCAGCUUAAAGAACUAAACACUCAGGGGUAUGAAGUCAUAUUGGUGACUUCAGGUGCUGUUGGUCUUGGCAGGCAAAGACUUAGAUAUCGCAGAUUGGCCAAUAGCAGUUUUUCUGAUCUUCAAAAGCCACAAGGUGAGCUUGAUGGAAAAGCAUGUGCGGCUGUUGGGCAGAGUAGUCUCAUGGCUCUCUAUGAUACUAUGUUCAGCCAGCUGGAUGUGACUUCUUCCCAACUUCUUGUGAAUGAUGGGUUCUUCAAGGAUUCGGGUUUCAGAAAACAACUUUCAGACACAGUGCACUCAUUAUUAGAUUUAAGAGUUAUCCCCAUUUUCAAUGAAAAUGAUGCUGUUAGCACUAGGAAGGCACCAUAUGAGCUCUCCAAGCAGGAUUCCACUGGUAUUUUCUGGGACAAUGAUAGUUUGGCGGGUCUGUUAGCUCUUGAACUCAAAGCUGACCUGCUUGUCUUAUUGAGUGAUGUUGAGGGCCUAUAUAGUGGUCCUCCAACUGACCCCAACUCAAAGUUAAUCCAUACAUAUAUCAAAGAGAAACAUCAAGGAGAAAUCACUUUUGGAGACAAGUCAAGAUUGGGCAGAGGGGGCAUGACUGCUAAAGUUAAUGCUGCUGUUUGCGCUGCUCAUGCCGGCAUCCCAGUGAUCAUAACCAGUGGGUAUGCUACAGACAACAUUAUACGAGUCCUUCAAGGGGAAAGAAUUGGUACUGUAUUUCAUAAAGAUGCACAUUUGUGGACCAACAUAAAGGAAGUCAGUGCACAUGAAAUGGCAGUUGCAGCACGUGAUGGUUCUAGACGACUUCAGGCUAUAAAAUCUGAAGAAAGGAGUAAAAUAUUGCUAGCAAUUGCUGAUGCAUUGGAGAAAAAUGUUGGUAUGAUAAGGCUUGAGAAUGAGGCUGAUGUUGCUGAUGCUAAGGCAGCUGGAUACGAAAAGUCUCUGAUUUCACGUUUAACCCUGAAGCCUGAGAAGAUCAGGAGUCUUGCAAAGUCUGUGCGCAUACUGGCAGAUAUGGAAGAACCAAUUGGUCAGAUUUUAAAGAAAACUGAGCUAGCAGAUAAGCUCAUCCUGGAGAAAAUAUCGAGUCCUUUGGGAGUCCUUCUGGUCAUAUUUGAGUCUCGACCUGAUGCGCUGGUUCAGAUAGCUGCAUUGGCAAUUCGAAGUGGUAAUGGUUUAUUGCUUAAAGGAGGAAAGGAAGCCCGGCGAUCAAAUGCGGUCUUACACAAGGUCAUUACUUCUGCUAUGCCAGAGACUGUGGGUGACAAACUUAUUGGGCUUGUGACUUCAAGAGAAGAAAUUCCAGAUCUACUGAAGCUUGAUGAUGUGAUAGAUCUUGUGGUCCCUAGAGGCAGUAAUAAGCUUGUUUCUCAAAUCAAGGAAUCAACAAGAAUUCCUGUUCUUGGUCAUGCUGAUGGAAUUUGUCAUGUAUAUGUUGACAAGUCUGCUAACAUUGAUAUGGCAAAACAGAUAGUUAGGGAUGCAAAGACUGAUUAUCCCGCAGCCUGCAAUGCAAUGGAAACUCUUCUUGUACACAAGGAUCUGUCAUGUAAUGGUGGACUUAAUGAGCUCAUCCUUGAACUCCAACGUGAAGGUGUUCAACUCUUUGGUGGACCAAAAGCCAGUGCCUUGCUAAAUAUUUCUGAAACGAGCUCUUUUCAUCAUGAGUAUAGCGCUCUUGCUUGCACAGUUGAAAUUGUAGAAGAUGUGUUUGCUGCCAUUGACCACAUAUAUAACCAUGGAAGUGCUCAUACUGAGUGCAUUAUUACAGAAGACUCUGAAGUGGCUGAGACUUUCAUAAGACAAGUUGACAGUGCUGCUGUAUUCCACAAUGCAAGUACAAGGUUUUGUGAUGGAGCACGCUUUGGGCUUGGUGCAGAGGUUGGAAUAAGUACAAGUCGAAUUCACGCUCGAGGUCCUGUAGGAGUUGAAGGGUUGUUGACAAACAGAUGGAUACUGAGAGGGAGUGGGCACGUAGUAGACGGUGAUCGAGAGGUCAAGUAUACUCACAAAGAACUGCCACUAAAAGCAUGAGCAUACUGAAAAUUAUUAGUUGAAGCUGAUAUGCUUACCUCGUCGAAGCGGCAUCUCUUUUCUGUCCUAUUUUGUUAGGCAGAAAGUUGCUGAGAUGCAGGCCAUGUAUAACUGCUGCUAUCAUUUGCCCCUUUCCAGAGCCUUUUUCUUAACUGGAAUAAGUUCAAGGGGGAGAAAAUAAUCAUAUGAUAUUAUCUGAGACCGUCUACUUUAUUGCAAUUUCAUAAAAUAUUCCAGGAUUGUAGAACAGCAUUGCUGUGAUAGUUAUAAAUAUAACAUCCAUGUGAAGUUGAAUAAUAUGGUGGAGUUAUUCUCCGGUUAUUAUUUGAGCCUUUUAUGUAGGUUCUAUCUGCAGAAUAUUUGUGCA